UGUUAAUGCUUUAAACUUUGCUGCCAGUACAGGACAAGGCAAGAGCUACAGGGAAGACAUCCUGCCUGUCCACAUACCAUGCCUUCCCAGUUUUUGUUUUAAAUAAGCUGAGUUUUACCUCCCAACUGAGAAAGAAGACAGAGGGGAAAAAAAGAACUUUCUAAAUAUUUUUCAAAACUUUUUUGCACCUGUCAAAAAAAGCAAAAAAUGAAUCUUAGAAGUCUUUCCAUUUUUGUUGCAUCCGAGUUCCUCCUUGUAGUGCUGCAUCUACCAGACUCCUUGAAUCACAGAACAACUGGACCCAGGUAUUUAAUAAGUGAGCGGGACAGAGAUCCCCAGUGCAACCCUCAUUGUAUCAGAACACAGUACAGACCAGUUUGUGCUUCAGAUGGUCGAACCUAUGAAUCCACAUGCGACUUCCAAAGAGCCAAGUGCAAGGAUGCUGCCCUUAAUGUGGUUCAUAAAGGAAAGUGCAAAGAUGCUGGCCAGAGUAAAUGCCGUCUGGAAAGAGCUCAAGCGCUGGAACAAGCAAAAAAGCCUCAAGAAGCUGUCUUUAUCCCAGAGUGCAAUGAGGAUGGAUCCUUCACUCAAGUGCAAUGUCACACUUACACAGGAUAUUGCUGGUGCGUUACACCUGAUGGUAAACCUGUCAGUGGCUCCUCUGUGCAGAACAAGACUCCUGUAUGUUCAGGUUCAGUAACAGAUAAGCCCUCAAGCCAGGGUAACUCAGGCAAGAAAGAUGAUGGAUCCAAGCCAACCCCUACAAUGGAGACCCGGCCUGUUUUUGAAGGAGAUGAUAUCACUGCACCAACAUUAUGGAUCAAGCACCUUGUUAUCAAGGAUGCCAAGUUGAAUGGUUCUAGUGUGAGACAGUCUGAAAAAGUGAACUCCUGUGACCAAGAGAGGCAAAGCGCUCUGGAAGAGGCAAGAGAAAAUCCACGAGAGGGAAUUGUGAUUCCAGAGUGUGCUCCAGGAGGACUAUACAAGCCAGUGCAGUGUCACCAAUCUACUGGUUAUUGCUGGUGUGUUCUAGUAGAUACAGGGCGCCCCUUGCCAGGAACAUCUACACGAUAUGAAACUCCUGUGUGUGAAAGUGAUGCAAAGUGGAAGAAUACUGACACAGAGGAUCCAUUUAAAGACAGAGAACUGCCAGGAUGUCCGGACGGGAAGAAGUUGGAGUUUAUCACAAGUUUGUUGGAUGCUCUCACUACAGAUAUGGUCCAGGCCAUCAACUCCGCUGCCCCAGCAGCAGGCGGCAGAUUCUCCGAACCAGAUCCCAACCACACACUGGAAGAGCGUGUGGUUCUCUGGUACUUCAAUCAGCUCGACAGCAAUGGCAGUGAAGACAUCAAUAAGAAGGAGAUGAAACCUUUCAAGAGAUAUGUAAAGAAGAAAGCCAAACCGAAGAAAUGUGCGAGGAAGUUCACCGACUACUGUGAUCUAAAUAAGGACAAAUCCAUCUCACUCACAGAGUUAAAAGGAUGUCUAGGUGUUCGUAAGGAGCCAGGUACUAAUGCUGGAAGUUUCCCUCCUGGAAGGAGACCUGGAUCGAAUCCUUUCAUAGGUCGUCUAGUGUAGAAGGCCAUACACAUAAUGAUGACUGAAGAACAGGAAAGGGACUCAUCGCAUCGGGAUCCAACACAGAUGCAGCUGAUGGACCUCUUAACGUUUGCACUUUUAAGUGGACUUUAUACAUAACAUUUUUUAUUCCAUUGCCUAAUAUGGGAAACACAAGAAAAUUCUGCCCUUUUCCCUUUAAGAUUUUUUUUUAUUAAAAAGAAUCUGCUACUGACAAAUUAGUAAAUGAAUUCAUUGUGACUCUGGAUAAGAAGAGAGUUUUUUUGUAUAUAAAUGUAUAUGUAAAUUGUACAGUGCCAUUUGUACAGGUCUUCUUAACACUUUUGUCUUUUAUAAGAUUCUAGUGGGCACCUCGCCCUUCUUUGCUAGUUUUUAUCUUGUGCCUAUAGCAUUCAUGUUUAUUUUGCUUGUAUUUUGUAAAUUAAAAA